AUGACGUUUCCGGCACCGGAGUUCAGAGAACCAGUUUCUACACCUCCUAAACUCUCUCUCUUUUCACUACCAACCAAACCGACUACGCUGCAGGAUGGUCCAACGCCGCCACCCAACACGGUGGCCACCAUCCCAUUCUUGUGGGAGGAAGCACCAGGAAAACCAAGACGACCUACCUCCACCGAUGAUCCACCAAAGUCUAAAACAGUCAGGUCUUUAGACCUCCCUCCAAGGUUAACCACCACCGUGGGUACUGCUACUAGCAACGUAACCAACAGUAGUGGUGGAAUAGAGAUUAUACCAUCACCGACCACCGUAUUGGGUGGACCUUAUGAAGGAGUGUACACUUCUAAUAAAUCAAUGUUGGGGUCGCCGGAGAAGGUGGUGGGUUGUAGUAAUUACAGCGGUAGGAGUAAAGGGAAGAUCACGAUGCCUUUGAGGAAUUUAAUGAGGAAAGAGAAGUCGCCAGUAAAGUUGAUCAGUUCAUGGAGGUGGGAUAGUUUCAGGGAUAUUGGAGGUGACAAAGGGGACAGGUCGCCGGCGGUGAAGUUUUGCUCAUGGAGGUGGGAUAGUUUCAGAGAUAUGGGUAGCGGUAGCAAAAGCGGUGGUGGUAGCUGCAGAAGUGUAGAUGGAAGUGGUUCUCUGUCUUCUUCAUUUGAUGACUUUCAAAAGUCUCUUGAUUCCAAUAGUAAGAUCACAAAAGUUACAAGGAAGAACAGCUUCACGUUCCUCAAUCGUAGUUCUUCUGGAUUUUUGGUAAGUCUCAUUAAUUAA